AUGUUGUCUGAUAGGAAGAAGAGAUUGGAAAAAGAGAUUGAUGAGAUCAAUAGAUUGAUAUCGGGAAAGGAGAAGUUGCCUAUGACUCUGCCUCCGAAGGAACCUUCGUGGUACUCUGGCACUUGGGUCGAGCGCACUGUUGAUCACCCCGACUUUCAUCAAUGGCGUGCCUACACAAUAUCAAUGGCCUUUGCAGGUCUUACAAUGGGUGGUAUCAUCGGUUACUCUGAUGGCAAAGAGCUGCUUCAAGAGGAAUGGAAGCGAGCAUCACACAACCCAUUGACUGCAUCACAAUUCAAUACGAAUGCUAGGAAGAUAUUGGGACAGAGUGUAUUUAGAUCAAGUUUAGUGUACUCUUAUCGAUUGGCAUUGUACACUGGACUGUUCUGUGGUGUAGAGUUGGGACUGAAGCACAAUGUCUUUGGUGAUCGUCCUGUGGUCAACAGAACUAUCGCUGGUUUCACAAUCGGUUCAAUAGCAGGUUAUCAAAUCAGACAUAGAACAGGACCAACAAGUGUAUUGUUGGGAAGUAUUCUUGGAUCAGGUAUUGGUAUGCUGUCUGGCGUGUUGGAUAAUGGUAUCACCUGGAUAUUCGAUUCAUCCAGAGAGAAUAAACAACAGUAA